AUGAUCUCGAAACGACAGCCAUCGGCAUGGCUCCCUACCGUCGCAUUACUUUCCUUCUUGACGUGCCUUGCAACAGCAUUAACCGGCCAGGAGCCCAUGAAGAGCGUGGAAGAAGCACGAGGGUAUAAUCCUGGCGAGACCAUUCCAGUCAGCUGUUUAAACCGAACCAUAGAAACCGGUGAACAUAUCACAGACGCAGCUGGCCACCUCCAGUACAUACCUUUCCCAACCUGCAACGAAACGGGCCAACCCCUCCACCUAAACUUCGGCGUCGAGAAAGACGUAAACUGCACCAUAGACUUUGUGACCGACGAGUUCUUCCACCUUCUCGAGUUCUACAUCCACAACGAUGCGCCCCUGUCGUGCCGCAUCCCCUCGAAACCCUUGCCACCUUCCGUCAUGGAAACAGAGUACCGUGUGAGCGACGACAGCACACAGGAAGGCGCAUUAGGAACUCAGAGCACAAUGUACACACCUCUGAUUAUAGCAUUGGCGGGGACACUACAGUUGAGCCACUUGCACGUGGGCAACUAUUUGAACUUGCUGGUCCAUGCAGGGCCCAAGAGCGUGGCGCCUGGAACGGUGGAUGCUGCGACUGCAUACUCCGUGUCAAGUCAUACAAGGAAUACCAAGAUUACCAUUGGGGAUCCGUUGAGUUUGGCGUUUAGUGUGAGGUGGUAUCCAAGCACUACGCUGCCUCCUGGCUGGAGUGGAUAUGGUGGACACAUCUAUACUAGUACUCUGGUGUACUGUUUCUUGAGUGCUGUGGCGAGUGCAGCCGUGUGCGUUGUUUACUUCCGUGGUGUUGAACUGCCCAGACGGCUGAAGAGGUACGCUACAGAUAGGAUGAAUGGUGGUGGAAGAGGAUUUGGCAACGGAGGCAGUGGCUAUGGGUUGCCUGUAGCCAACGGUCGAGGAAGUGGCAUGGGCAGUGGCUACGGAUUAGGCGGAUAUGGAUAUGGAGGUGGAGGCAAGAGAGUCGAUUGA